ACCGAAGAAAUAGAAACAUAAACAAGUUGUAAUAUUUAAAAUAUCAAUAGCUUUAGAAUAUAAAAUUUCAAAAUAUCUUGCAGUAAUUGUAGACGCUUUUUUGAAUUCAGAUUUUUAAUUAAAAGAAGGAUGGCGACUGAAUGCGAGUGUCCUGAGGGCGGGGAGCCGGUAGACCUGUAUAUCUAUGACCUGACGCAGGGGCUUGCUGCUCUUCUAUCACCAGCUAUCAUGGGUCGGCAGGUGGAGGGGGUGUGGCACACGUCGAUGGUGGUGUUUGGCCGCGAGUACUACUACGGAGGCGGGGGCAUUGCCUCUGCACCUAUCGGCGGCACGAUGGCGGGGCAACCUCGGCAGAUACAGCGACUCGGCGUGACAUAUGUCCCGGCGGCCGUGUUUCGCGAGUACUUGCAAGGACUGGCGGCUACCACGUUUGCUGGCUCGGCGUAUUCCCUCCUAGAACACAACUGCAACCACUUCACAGACGAAGUAGCACAGUUUCUAUGCGGCGCGCGUAUACCCAAGCACAUCGUGCAACAACCGGAGACGGACUUACCCCCUCCCUUCCGCGCUGCUUUGGAAAAUUUACUGCGGGCGCCAGACGGUGGCCAGUCGAUCAACGGCGGAGGAGUGCGGUACGACCGGCAGGACAGCCCGGACUACCUUACACUCAACACUCAGAUUGAGGAAGCCAGGGCCCAAUCAACGGUCUUGGAGCAGAGACGUACUGCAUUAGCCGAUAAGUUGGCCCGCAAGGAGCGCCGCCGCGAAAAGAAACGCCGCAAGCAGGGCGGGGGUGAUCCCAGCAAUGAACAAGACAUGGCAGAAGCAGUAGAAGCACCUCCACAAGAAGAGCUGCGCGCCCGCGCCGGGCCGAGCAGCGAGCCUGAAGAGGACGAACGUGGUGCUGCCGAGCUGAGACGCAGGGCCAAGGAUCCUCCCAUCACCUUCAAGGACAUCGACGGUGCCGCAGAGUUCGCGAAGCUGCAAGCGGCCGUGGGCAAUCUCACAUUAUCUCCUGAAGAACAUCAGUCCCUCGGCGAGCUGGAACAGUACUUGGUGCAUGGAGAAGGCAGCUGGGCACUCGGUGAUGAGUUCCUAUCAUUCAUCGGUCGCCUGCUAAACGCCGACAGCUCAGAGGAGAUCAGGGUGGCCACACUGCGCUGCCUCGCCGCGAUGGCGCUCCGCGACGACGUGUCCCUGCUGCUGCACCAGGACCGGCGCUCGCACGCCGUCAUGAACUACGCGCGCCGCAUCGACCAGCUGCCCGCGGCCGAGCAGAGCGCGCUCGCUCUGGCGCUCUGCAACCUCUUCGAGAACAUCUCUUCAUCAGAGUGGCUUCUGUACAUUAGCGAGUGGGAGGUGGACGGGCAGCCCGCCUCCAACAUCCGCGUCACCACCAAGGUGGCCGUGCACGCGACGCUGAGCGAGGACGCGACGCUGCGCGACAUCGGCACCGCGCUCAUGUACAACAUGGCCACCAAGGAGGUAAAGACCGUGGUGUUCGAUGACGUGUCCGUGGAGCUGGCGAUGGCGCUCCUGCAGCUGCUGGCCGGAGCGCCCGGUGAAGAACUACUGUUCAGGGCCGUGGCAGCGCUGGCGAGGCUCGCACACCACUCGUCAGAGGUCGGCCAGCUGGUGGCCAUGGUCGGUCCUCCGCCCGAUAACUACAGAGGCAUGAGCCCGCGUUGCGACGAGAAAAUAGACCUCAUCAUGCAAAAAGUGAAGUGAACCUAGAUCUUAUCACCAUAGCAUAGAGUAUAUUUUACCAACGCAUUUCUCGCGGUUUCAUACCUUGUUUAUUGGUACUUAGAAAUUUCUUUUCAUUAGCGUGGGCCGGUCUUAUUUAUCAUUGUUAUUAAUUUAUUGAAAUACAUAUUUAUUUAUGUAAUAUUUGCAAUUUUAAAUGCAUUUGUUCAUUGGCCGGCGCUGCGAAGUUAGAAUUUGGUUAUUGUAAAUAAAGUUAGAUAUCGGUAAGGGAAUUUUAGUGUAAGUACCUGAUUUAAUGAGAUGUAUUGUAUUGUUACUAAUAAAGAUACGGUUAUCGGCGGAUGCUGACUGACAUUAUAUUUAUGAACUGAA